AUGCCUUCGACUCCUACAUUUGGGCAAACGCGCAAUGGUUGCCUCGAUCGGGCUGUUUCGGAUGACCAUCCCGUGGCUAGCGGGGCUGGUCUCCGGUUAGGUAACGGGACACAAUACCCCUACACCCUCGUCGGGAGCCACACGCUAGUGGAGGACGCCCGAGCCGUGUGGAACGGUGAUGCCGAUCACCUACUGGGUAACAACGAACAACUCGCCGACAUCGACGGCAUCCAUGGUAUCGAUCAAGAUCUUGUCAACGCCGUAGCCUCAUAUGUCCUCGGCAUGAGUGUCGCUCUGCGAACUAACAGCGGGAACACUAUACCAUAUGUGUCCCUACACCAGCUUCGCAUUCAAGCCCCUGUCUCUCCGGUUAUACCCCCAGUCAACAACCAAGUCCAACAUGGCAAUGUGACUGCUUCUCGUCAGUGCCCCUAUGGAUGCCCUAAUACCUUCGGUCGUCCUGGAGAGUACCGCCGUCAUAUGAAGAAGCAUAACGGCCCCUUCUUCCCCUGCACCCGCCCUCACUGUGGUAGGAUGUUCUAUCGCCAAGACAAGUUGAGUGACCAUCUUAACAAAGGCCAUUGA